AUGCCGCCCUCCCAGUUGAAGCGGCUCAAAGCCUCUCUCCGCGAACAAGGCCUUACCGGACCGCAAAAGUCGAAGAAGCAGAAAAAGCUGCAACCGAAGAACGCAGAUCAAGCAGCAAAGAAAGCCGCCGCCCUCGCUGCUCUUCGCGAGUCUUUCAAUCCGUUCGACGUCAAGCACCUUUCACGACCGAAGAAACACGAGUAUGUCUCGAAUAUCCCACAAGAUGCGAAGAGCAAGAUCUUGGGAAGGCCGGGUGUCACAAAGAGCCAAGGCGAAGAGACACGUCGGAAAACGCUGUUGCCGGAAAUGAGUAAAAAGAACAAGACGGGCGGCAUCAUGGAUCGCAGAAUUGGCGAGGAUGAUCUCACUAUGAGUCUGGAGGACAAGAUGAUGGCGAGAUUUGAGAGAGAGCAGCAGAGGAAGCGAGGCGGCAACACAUUUGACUUGGAAGAUGAUGGAGAUGAUGUUGAGCUCACGCACGGUGGCAAGUCAUUGCGAUUCGACGAGAAAGAUCUGGGGACAGAAGACUACGAUGCUGCCAGUGUGAGCGGCGGCUCUAGUGAUGGCGAUGAGGAUGGCUUCUUGAAGAGGAAGAGGCGGAGAGAUUCUGAGGGUGAGGAAGACGAAGAAGACGAGACAGCUGAAGAUCAACCGGAGAGGAAGAAGAGCAAAGCGGAAGUGAUGAAGGAGGUCAUUGCAAAGUCAAAGCAGCACAAAUACGAACGACAGCAGUUGAAAGAAGACGACGAUGAGCUGCGCGAAGAGUUGGACGCGGAUUUCAACGACGUGCUUGCCGCUCUACGAGGACACAUGAGCGGGAAACCACCCGUAAAGGAGCCUCCCAAAAACGAUGUGAAGCCAGACUUUGGCAUCAACCCUGAUCGUGCUGCUCUUCUUGCUGGAAUGGAUCGCGAUCAAGCGGAUAAGGACUACGAUGCGCGAGUGCGUCAGAUGCUGUACGACCAGCGCUCAAAGCCUACGGAGCGCACCAAGACAGAGGAAGAGAAGGCGAAGGAAGAAGCUGAAAAAUUGAAGGCGCUCGAGAACAAGCGCAUGCGAAGGAUGAGAGGCGAGCCGACAAGUGACGAUGACGAACCGCAAGACAAGGGCAAAGAGAACGAAGACAUCGACGAGGACGCUGAGAGCGUCAAUGAUGAUGCUGCAGAAUUUGGCCUUGGUGCGCCUCUGCCCCAGAAAAGCCGACCAGACGGCGUGGAUGAUGAAGAUGACUUUUUGCUCGAAGACGAUCUCAUUGCUAGUGAUUCGGAAGCCGAUAUCUCGGAUGAAGGUUCUGACGAGGAAUUCGAUGCGGAUGAUACCAUGGCUGCAGACGAGGACGACGACUUCCUCAAGGAUGUUCUACCUGAAAAGACGCAACCGACCAAGGCAAAGAACGGUGUCCUCUCGCUCGUCCCUGAUUCGACGUCAAAGCUGGCCUAUACUUACGCAUGUCCCCGAUCGCACGAAGAGCUUUUGAAGGUCUUCGAGAAUGUUAGUGUUGACGAUACGCCUACAGUUGUCCAACGUAUCCGAGCACUAUACCACGCCGGACUGCACGCCGACAACAAAGACAAGCUGGCUGAUUUCGGUUGUGCUCUUGUUGAUCACAUAUCGUAUCUCUCCAGCCAGACGCCACCGGCUCCUCUCCAGGUCAUUGAGUCUAUUAUUCGACACAUCCACUCUUUGUCCCGUUCGUACCCAGUGGUCAUUGCUACCCGCUUCCGAGAACACCUCAAGCAGCUGCACGCAUCGAAUGAUCCCAGCCAGGGAGAUCUCACGAUCCUCACGGCAAUUGGCUCGAUAUACCCCACCUCAGACCAUUUCCACCAAGUCGUCACUCCAGCAAUUACCUUGAUUGCCCGUUUCUUCGGCCUCCAAACUCCCAACUCCACCAAAGACGUCGCAACGGGUGCCUACCUAGGCGCGCUUUGCCUCCACUACCAACGCCUCAGCAAGCGCUACAUUCCCGAAUUCAUCCGCUACACAAUCCUCUGCCUCAAAUCCCCCGACAUGACCCCCGCCCUCCUCACCGCACACACCCAAAAUAUCCUCACCGCCACCGAAACCUGGUCCAAAACCCCCGCCUUCACCGAGAUCUUCACACCUCUCCUAGCCCCUCUCAAAUUCGCGAAACCCACCCAAACCACCGCCAUCCACCGUCUCACCAUCGCCCUGCAAAACGCGCGUCUCCAUCGCCGCCCGCAGCUCCUACACAACCACCGCCCCCUCCCCAUCAAAUCCAGCAUCCCCAAGUUCGAAGAAGACUUCGACCCCACCAAGCACUACGACCCUGACAAGGAGCGCGCGGAGCAAGCACGCCUGCGCAAGGAGUACAAGCGGGAGAGGAAAGGAGCGAUGCGCGAGCUGCGCAAGGAUGCGAAUUUCAUUGCGCGGGAGAAGCUCAAGGAUAAGAGGGAGAAGGAUCGGGCGCAUGCGGAUCGGGAGAGGAGGCUUAUUGCGGAGAUCCAGGGGGAGGAGGGGAAGGAGAAGAAGGAGUAUGAGAGGGAGGCUAGGAAGAGGAAGGGAGGGAGGUAG